AUGGGUUCCAUCGAGGAUGACCCAAUCGUUUCCUCAUAUGAUGUCUUCCUCACCGACUCCGAAAUCUCUCGCUACGUUUUCCAGUAUAUCGACCGGCCUCAGAAUAAGCCCUACAAUGAGCGAAAGGGCCAGAAACCCCUCGAACUUCGAAUGAAACCAAACACAGGCCUUGUCGAGAUUGAUGUCCCAAUCAACACCCGUACCACAUAUGAUAUGGAGAAGGGUCUUAAAUACGGUGACGCCAUGAAGAAGAGCCGCUCAGCCCGCGAUGGAGGUUCCUUCGGUAUGUCUGGGGGCUUCACUGGUGGAAGCCUGGCCACAGCAGGAUCUGUACGAGUCAAGAAUGAAGGAAGCGACAUUGAGGUGCUCGAUAAAAAGAAGAUGAUGGAUGGAGGCUCGGUGGUCAGGACACAAGCCCUUGGCGGACGGAUAAAGCCACCGGAGGAAGGAGACCCUGUUCAUAUGCUGGGCACUUUCAAAGGCAAAAACCUACACCUUUCACCCGUCACCGCAGUGGUCCAAUUACACCCCCAGCUCCACCAUAUAGAUGCUUUGGAUGAAUUGCCUAAGGCCCGGGGGUCCAAGGGCAAGAAGGAAGAAGAAGAGCGUGCGGAACCCGAAGCUCGUGCGAUCGACGUCAAGGUCAAGGGCGCGGAAGAUGGUGGUGCUGUGCUUGUUGGUAACUUAGAUCUCCUCAAAAGGAUGCAAGAAGAGAAAUGGAAGACCUUGGACUGGGUGGAUGCAGAGACCGAGGAAUCCUGGUACACAUACGAAAACUACAUGAUGAAUCAGAACCCAGAGGAAUUGCCACAACUUGAAUCAGUCAUCAACAGCGAGGCCUAUUUAGAUGGCAUGAGUGCUCCCCGAAUUGAUCCUGCUCACCCAGAGAUGACUGGCUGGGCUAUGAAGCAAAAUCGACAGAAACAGCAAGAAGGUUCUUCGGAGAGCGAGGAUGAUGAAAGCUGA